AUGAAGCUACAGGAAACAAUACUCUGCUCUUCAGCAGCUCAAUUGUCAACCGUUGGUCUGGGAACCGUCGCCCUUCAUGAUUUGCAAACUGGGACAACCCUUGCUUCUUUCAAACAAACCAAUGCUGGUCCUCACUGUACUGCGAUUCUAGAAUCCACAAGCACGGAAGGCGGUUUCGUUCUGACCUGUCAGCCAGACAAAUCUAUUCUCAAUGUGUACCACUUCCAAAAAGACCAAAUUAGUCUAAAAAUAGUUCUUCCAGAAAAACUUUCUUGUAUAGCAGUCGACCGUCGAGGAGACAUGUGUGCAGGUGGAACGGCUCAAGGGCGAAUUUAUCUCUGGGAGACGUCAUCUGGCAUACUAUACAAUUCUUGGGACGCGCACUAUCGUCAAGUAAAUGUUUUGCGCUUCACGAAUGACGGCGAUGCCCUCAUAUCUGGUAGCGACGAUUCUGGUGUGAACGUCUGGUCUGUGUCUAGACUUCUAGAUGGCGAUUUGCAGAACGAACUACCGGUGCCAUUUUGCACAUUGUCUGAUCAUACACUGCCUGUCACGGAUAUAGUCUGUGGUGUUGGCCUAUUCCCCAACUGUCGACUCCUGACUUCUUCGGUGGACCACUCCGUCAAGCUUUGGGAUAUUUCUUCGAAGUCAUUGCUGACGACAUUUCAAUUCCCCCAAUCUAUAUCAUGCCUCGCUUGGGAUAUCACUGAGCGGCUUUUUUUUGCUGCUUCUCCAAAUGGGUCAGUUCAUCAGAUGAAUUUGUUUCGUCAAAGGGAAUCCAAGUUUGGAGGUCAGGUAAUGGAAGCUCUCGGAGGAGCAGGUGUUACUGAUAUCAUACGCGUCGGCGAUGAAAAUGAUGAAACGAGAAAGAAGAGGCUCAUAUCUGUAGGGCAACCCGUAUCGACGCUGGCACUCUCAUUAGCAUCUUCUCUCCUUCUGGUCGGCACAACCGAGGGUCUUAUUCACAUUUACGACAUUCCUUCCCAUCAACUUUUGCGGACAAUUUCCACGCACAAAGGCUUUUCGAUAGGUUACCUAUGCACAAUGCUCAAACCCCCGGAUUUGAUUGGCCAUAUUAGCUUGGACUUCACGGUAGGCAACAACGCAGCGGACGCCAAGGAUGUUGUUCCUGUCAAACCCAUAAUACCUUUCCAACGCAUGCGCGAUGCGAAGACGCGAGAAGCACACGAUAUUGCUAUGCUUCUGCCAAAACCUAUCGAGUCUCCUUGUUACGACGUUACCGCUUACGAGGAGGAAGAAUUUCAUCGGGAUCACGCGUUUUUCGUAAAACCAUUGCUCCCAACGCACUCUUCAGAAACAGACGUAUCAACUUUGAAAUCGCGCGUGUCCGAACUUGAAGGGGAGGUGGAAAGGCUACGUGAGCAUUUGGGGAAGGCGAAGGGGGUGAACGAUGCAAUUUGGGAUACUGUUGUAAAGCAAUUGGUCGUUGCCAAGAACCUUUCAAGUUCUGAAGACGGUGACGAAGAACUGGCUAGGAAAAGAAGUCGAAUAUAG